GGAUUUAUGCGAAGAACACAUUCGCGACGGUAUAAAUGUUUAGAAUAUUGUGAAUUAAAUGCGCAAUAAAACAGUCGAUGAAUCGAAAGUCCCUGGAUGGAUGGUGAUGGCGAUGAUGAUGGCGACGGUGAGAGCAAACCUCUACGAACUUCGAUGUGUGUGACAUCACUCUUCAUUGUUAGAGGUUUACGUCAUUCUCGAGUCUGGUCUUAAGUCGGUGCGCGCGAUCUACAGUAGUGUACACACGCGUAUAGACUAGUGGCGGGAAGUGAUAGAGACGAAAGAGGCGAAAAAUAUCCGAAUCACCGUUGCGACUGCGCGAAACAUGUUGGAUGUGUCGUUUCUCAUUAAAACAAAAUUAUUGUUUGCCUGUAGUGGCUUUUUUCUUUAAAUCAAAAGGAAUUGGAAACUAAUUAGCUGUAAGUAAGAAAAGGAGAAAGGAUACCGUAUCGACGCGACGAAGGAGUGAGGGUAACUAAGAAGGAUAGAGAGGAGAGGGUGAAAGAAAAAAAGAGAGAAGGUUCACAGAAUGGAAAAGGAAAACGAUAUGAAGCGCGACGUUCAACAGUGGCGCUGAUUUGUGAUUUCAUCGACGGUUGCUGAUUUCGAGGGAACUCGAUAUGUAUCGAGUGUAGUGUGCUUUCGAACUGUACAAUAUUUUUCGCGCGGUAAUAAAAUCGUGCGCGAUAUCACUGAUAAAAAAUGUUCACGAGUAUGUAAUUUAUUUGUGAUUCGUCCGCAGCAGUGCCUCUUUGACAACACGUUCUUACAUUUUAAAUAUAACGGUGUAUAAAUAAGUAUGAGCAAUAGCGGGAGUGCACAAUCAGAUCUCUCACCGUUGAUUUUUUCAAAAGAUCUGAAUUUGAUUGUCGCGUUUUUUUAUUCGCGCUUGAGACUUGUAAAUGAAUGCACGUGAAAUGCAGUCGAAAUCGAUGCUUUUCCCUUUGAAGUUUACCACAUAUGUUUUUCGUGCGUGGGCAUGCAGCACCGAACUAUCGUCAAGGUUAGUGUGCCUGACAGGCUCUCCAUCGCCUUGCGAACUUACGCUAGUUCUCAGUGGGUAGCAGUGAAUAACUGCAGUAGGAAAAUUCAAAAUUCUCCUCUGUUGGGCGAUUAAAGGAUAAAUAUAUUAAAUGGGCAUAGAUUUCUUGCCUAACAUACAUCUUUUUAAACAAUGAAGUCUUCCUGUGUAUCUGUUCAAGCGUAUGUUGACGGAUAUCGACAGAAUCUAUAAGAAAGAAACAUACGUAAUGUUGUUAUUUGCAUACUGGAUGCAAAUAUACAAAGAGUGGCGACUUACUAAAAAUUACUUGAUUAUUGGCCCUCAUGCUUAUAUAAUGCUCCAAGAAUUUUAUAUCUUUGUCAUUGAAUUGGCACGUUUGUGCAGAAAAAGAACAGCUGCUUCUAUGAGUGCGACUCGUCCGUUACACUGUGAUGGAAAAGAUACUAAUAACAAAAGUGCUUCAAGUAGAAUGGCAUAUGAGGUAUUUCUGGGUGGAUCUUGUAAUCCAACCACAUGGAGGUCAGAAAUAGCGAUACCGACGUUACAAAAACUCGGAAUCACUUAUUAUAAUCCCCAAGUGUCACAGUGGGGACCAGAAUUGAUAGCUCAAGAAUACGAAGCGAAACAAACAGCGAAAGUAUUACUGUUCGUAAUAGAUAAUCAAACACGUAAUAGCGCAGGCAUCAUUGAGGCAGCUCAGUUAGCAGUUACACGCCGCGAGUCUUUAAUUCUUGUUAUUUAUCCGUAUCGUCAAGGUCAAACGAUACUUGGCGAAACUGUAUCUAUUCAAGAAUAUUAUGACCUGAUGAAUGGAUUGCUAGUACUUCAAUAUCUGAUGGAGAGGCAGAGGAUACCGAUAUUCGAAAGUGUGUCGGUUGCUCUGAAUUGUACAUCCAAGGUGCUACGAGAGGAGAUUAACGUGCAAGAUCUGCAUUCCGAAGAUGGCAUUAGACCGAUUAAAAUAUCGUUUAGUCAAAAUGGAAUGGAUGUGGUUAUGCUCAGAGAGAUCUUCAAAUCCAUGGAUAUAAACGAUAGUGGGAGUGUAAACUUGGUAGAAGCGUGGAUAGCAUUACAAUCCAGUGUCAAAUGCAACGUGCCAUCAAUGUCGGAGCUUCUUAAUGUCGUAAAUAAAUCGGAAACAUAUAGAACGUUGAUAGACGAUGGAUUUCCAACGAAAAGGAGUCCAACAGAGUUACGGAUAAAUUUUGAGCAGUUUUGUGCCUUAGCUACGGAAUCAUCGUGGAGGACAAAAAGCAAUGGCGUCUCUUGUGAAAGUGAGAUACCUUCAGUUUGGAGUAUAUUAUGUAGGAAGGCGUCGAAAUUUCUUCGCAGAGCUAUCGUGCAACCUUUUAACCGUUUCCUAGAUUGGACCAAUUUCUUCGUGCCAGAAUCCGAGAAGAGAGACUUGUACGUUGGAGUAAUCGGUAAAGAUCAGUUUUGGUUAGAAACAAUCGCCGCACCCUCGAUCGAAUGUAUUGGAUUAUCUUUAUAUCGAUCAAGCCUGAACGAGUACAACGUAAAGGUGUUGCCACAAGAAUUGCAGAGGAUGAAAAAUUCGCGGUUUAUAUUAUUGAUCGUACCGCAACAUUCGCGUGGUAUCACUAUAAUGGCAUUGGCAGCUCACCUCAUUGGAUUACGCGCAAAAUUAGUCCUGUGCGUUCAAACGCUUCCCGAAGACUGCGUAGUUUCUGGUGAAAAGCUAACCGAACAAGCCAUAAAAGACUACAAUCGGGGAAGAAUGUACCUGUCGGACUACGCGACGCGCGAAGGUGUACCUGUUUUUCAGAAUAUCGCAGAUGCUUUGCAACAUGCGAUACUGCUAGUUCAACAUGUCUGUUGAUUUUCUUCUUUUCCUUUUGAUUUUCCUCAUGCCCUUCCGUCCUCUCCUUGCUCCUUUUUCUUCUUUCCCUCUCUAUUUUUUUAUUUUUUUUCAUACGAGUAAACGUUUCAAU